GAGUAGAGCUGGGAGCACACAGAUAGCCGGACAGGACCAGCCAUGUAUAUGCAGGUAGAGAGCCGGACAGGAACCCUCUUGCACCUCAAGAGGAACCCCAGCAUACGGUCCUGGUCGCUCCUGGUGGGAAUCUCCUCCGUGGGGCUGGCCGCUGCUUACUAUAGCACAGAUACUUGGCUGUGGAAGCUGUUUUAUGUGGCUGGCUGUGCUUUUGUGGCUCUUCAGAACUUGGAAGACUGGGAGGAAGCCAUUUUUGAUAAAAAGAGUGGAAAGGCCAUUCUGAUUACGUACAGCUUAUACAAGAAACUACUGACACUCUGCAAAGGAGGACAGGAACAAGUGGUGGUGCUCCUGAAGGAGAUCAGAGACGUCAAUGUUGAAGAAGAGAGAGUGCGUUACUUCGGGAGCGGUUACGUGAUCGUCCUGCGCUUUGUAACCGGAAUCUCUCACCCAUUGACGCAGAGCGCGGUGCUGGGGGCUAGAAGUGAUGUUGAAGCCGUGGCUAAAGAACUGACCAAAUUUUUGGAAUUUGACCUUGUGGGGUCCCGGCCACAAGCAGUGGAAGAGAGCAAUGACAGUGAAAGCGAUGAAGCCCUGGACACACAAUAACUCUCCGCCGGCUGAUCUGUGUAUAUUGAGUAAGGGCUUGUUAUACCAUAGGGCAUUCCUGUGACCAUCGGGAGCUAGACUAGAACAUUCUUUGCAUCUGAUGACAUCACAUAGUCUGGGUGACAGGAAGUGCUGUAGCUGUGACAUCAUCAUUGGACCUAUAACAUCACACACUGAACCAUUCCAGGACUGCGGAAGAGUAAUGACAGUUAAUGACAUUGUGGUCCAACCAUUAAUCUUCCCAUGUUGCACACCCAGGCCUGUACUUAGCAAACCGGCCAGCUGGCUGUGACUUUCUCUUACCGGCUACCAAUAGAAUUAGUGCAGAGCGUUUGCCUAUAGGUGCAUGUAGUAAGAGGCACGCCUGCACUAUUCUAAUUGGUGACUGGGAACAGCAGGGGGUGGGGACGGACAGCUGAUCCAGUUCAGUGCUGAUUCGCACAAAUUGAUAUUUUUGCCCGAUGAGGGAAAUUCAGUCGCUUUUGUCUUGCUUUUUAUGUAGCAAAAUUGUUCCGCUUGGCAUAGAGAAUGCUUGUAGCAUUUAUUCAUUUUGCCUUUACUUCCCCUUUAAUGGCUGGUGCAUGGAGCCUUAACAUCCAAUAUCUUGCUGACAAUUGGGCAGCUUAGCCAAUCCCGCUGAUGCCUGCAUCGCCUCUUGAUCCCCUCCUCUCCCGACAGUUCCACACAGGCUAACAUUGUCAUUCCGUCUUUGGCCCAAGGGCCAAGUAUCUGAUGAAGCUGAUUCGGCCCAGUACCCAGGAGGGCAAAUUAGACAAAUUCAGAUGCCAAAGAGCAGAUCUCAAGUCUGUUUAUCUUUUCCCCUAGACGGUCAGUGUAGUGCAGGGUCCCUUACCUGCCGGUGGGAUAGAAUCAUGGGACCAGGGCUAGAAUGGCUGAAUACCAACUGAACCGUACCAAGGUGAAUGGUCACAUUCUUCCAUAUAACUGCUUGGCUGGGUGACUGCGGGGACCUGACCCAGAAGGAUUGGGUACCGGCUCUUCUAAUUAGUGUAAUUCUUCAUCUUACUGAGCCGUUAUUGUUUAAUAGAAACCCACAAAGGGAGGGAUGGACGCAAAGUUAGCUGUCCCCGACUUACUCAUUGCAGUGGCUUCUGCCCAUGGUACUGACUUUGCAACUAGCUAUUACACUUAGGUACUAUUUAAAAUAUAAUAUGUAAGAGAGAAAAUUUUGCACUCUGUCUCAUCAUCAUUCCAGUAUUCAGCUAAAACGAAAUACUCCAUCCAAACUUGCAGUGUUUCUACUUACUUUUAGUUUCUUUCAGAUAAUGGUUUGGCUGGGGGCCUUCGGGGGGGACCAUUCCCAUAAGAAUUUAAUGCGGGCUGUGUUAAAAACACAAUGAUAUGUACAAUAGUGGUUUAUCUUUUACAUUGUGCAAUAGAAGGGAUAUAUAUAAACCCUGCUGCAAGCUGGGAAACGCCAAAAGCCCCGCCCAUCUUCCUCAUUGGGUCGGCUCCUGGCCAUGGUACUGACAGAUGGAACCUGCUUCCUACCUUCUUAACUACCUGUUACACUCCGGUACUAUUAAUGUAUCUGUAUAAUAUACAGUUUGGUCAACUGUAAAUUAUAUCUUAGUGAUGUCAUCAGUUAUAAUCGGAGCUUAGUGAUAUCAUUUCUGUCACGUGACUCACUAAAACUUGUAUAUAAUAAUAUAGUGCCCCCUGUUGUAAAAUAUGAGGAUAUUAGAAGUCACCUCGGAAUUCCAUGAUCUCGGCCUUCAGCCUUGUACCUUUAUAUGGUCAUGGAACAUAUAAACUCCCCAUAUAUAACUCCCCAGUGGCUUAUAAUACCCCUUUAUUGCUCCCCUAAACCCGCAGUCUAUCCACUUAUUUUUAUUGUAUUUCAUUCAAAUAAAAGCAGUUUUUCUAUAAAUAAAAUAAAGUCCUUGGGAACCAAUCUACCUGGGGACAUAAGGAGAACCUGAGACACUUUCGAUGUUGCAAAACUACAACUCACUACACUUUGUAGUGCAGACAUCAGCUUUAUCUGCUAAUAAGCCUCACUCCCACCAUUUAUUCUCUCUGUAUCCCAGCAGCCUUCCCAUUUUAACGUUGCCUUAAAUCAGUGUUUCCAUUUGGGGGGGGGGGGGGUUGUUAAGCUUCUGCUGUAUUUAAUUCAAUGUAUGUAAAGGCCAAAUCAUCCCGGUGUAUACUGCAGCGUGUGCCUUUUUUAUGUACUUAUAAUUGACUUUUUCCAAGGCUUUGGGGAAUAAUUAGCAACAGGAAAGAAGGCUAUUCCAGCAGCAACCAAUCAGUAGGUUUCUUUCAUUACUCUCUAUUAACUGUACUAAACGGCUCAUUGGUUACUAUGGGUUACCAACUGCCUGUUGAACGAUACGCCUCUUUUUAAAUUACUUGAAAUAAUAUUUACAUGAAUUUUAGCUGUAGGACAUACUCUGUUUUUAUACAAUGAAUAAAAUGGUUUAAAAUGC